GCAGCUCUGAAAGACAGCGUUUGCUUAUAAUUCUUCAGGUUUCGAAGCGAGAAAUAGCAGGCCUUUACUGCGCCAAGGACGAGCGAGUGAAAAGAUGAAGGUUGCUUUGGUUUCCAUGAUUUUCAUCGCCGUCGCUGUGGUCAGCGUGUUCGCAACGUCACCUCCCAACUGCGCCGCCGUGACGUGCGACCCACAAACGUGCCAGGCCGUUUCCUGCAGCUGCGGCAGCUACAAGGACUACUGCGGCUGCUGCGACUUCUGCCACAAGUGUCCCGGCGAAGAGUGCACCAACCUGUUCAGAGAUCCCUGUUCGGAAGGCCACCGCUGCACCCUGGACAAUCCCGAGGAACAAUUUCUGACUGGCGGCAGGGGACACUGCAGGUCCCUCAACGAAACAGCCACGGGACACGAGCACCACGACGGGCACCACGAAGCCCACAGCUAAAUGGUUUGCCGGGAGAAGCGUCCCCCAAAGCGUGCGGCGUAAUGAUACCACGUAAUGACACCAAGUGCGGCGCCGAUAGUCCAAUCGGUAUAGUUCAACAUUUUCUCCACGUCCGGUGGCCAGCCGUCGUCAUUGGCGUUGUCGUGCUCUUUAUGAAUGGUAAACACUGGCGACGGGUACUCGCCCCACAGCGGGACGUUCAUUAAGACUGCAAUCAAAUGUCGAAAUCAGCAAAAAGUUUAAAAGAAGACAUCAGCCCAAGCGCUCCGUGCAGAUUGUAAACCUGCGAAGCUGAAACGUGCGGCCCCGGUGUUUAUCACUGUGUAAAUCCCGACGGGUCAUUAAAGUAUUUCUGAAUUAUC